GAGGGUAUUAUUGGUAAUUACUGGGUAAAUAGUGGUUCGACAGUCACGGUUAAGGAAUGUCUAAAAAAAUGUAGCCAACAUAUUGAAGAUCAGCUCCAAAGUCUUUAUUACUCAUUUUAUUCAUUACAAGACGGCGAUUCACUACAAAAAUGUGUUAAAGUGAAACUCUUACCACAUCUUCGAUACGACGUUCUCGAUAAUGAACCAGAAAUUAAUGUGAUCUAUACAUUACUUUGUUAUAGUGGCUAUUUGACUGUAGAUUUUGAUGAUACGUCCAAUAAUAAAGCUGAUAAACCAUGGGAGCCUACCGAAGUCAAGCUUGUUAUACCCAACAAAGAAGUUGCUGAACAAUGGAAGCAGUGGAUUAUUGAUUUCAUAGGCAUAAGUCGGCUAAAGACGAAUGAUAUAUUCAACUCGUUAUUCAAGAAAGAAAUCAAGACGUUUUGCGAACAAUUUCCCACUCUUUAUAUGGAAAUAAUCUCUUGUUACGAUAUUGGUGAUGCCAAAAGAGCUAAAUCAUACGAGGGUUGGUACCAUACGUUUGUCCUUGGGGCAGUUGCAAUGUUUCACGGUGACGACUACCAGGUCGUAUCCAAUCGUGAAACUGGUAAUGGUCGUCCUGAUGUCCGCAUCAUCCCGAUUAACCAAAAAUCCGAUACUUGUAUCAUUUUUGAGUUUAAGCUUGCUAAAUCAGAAAACCGUGAUGAAAUGAAAAUUAGUGCUGAGAAUGGGCUAAUUCAAAUUGCUGAUAAGAACUAUCGGUCAAAUACUGCAAACCAUAUCGAGACAAUAGUUGAGGUUGCCAUUGCCUUCUGUAAAAAAAGCACUUUCGUCUCUUCUCAACUUUUACAACGUAAAAAAGGUGGAAAAAAAGGUAAACUUUCGGCAAAUGCCUGGGAAAUUGUUUCAUCAUCUGAAUCGGGUUAG